AUGGAUAACUUUGAGCGACAGAACACGAAUAAUACCAAUGUUAUUGCGUCAGAAGCCAAAGAUUUUGAGGGGAACAAUAUCCCGAAUAUAAUCACAUUAUUAUUGAAUAUAUAUCAUCCGAAAGGUGGUAUACCCGCAUACGAACGUGUGCUGAGAAAAGUUGAAAGUUUUCUAGAAGAUUGUGAUUCUCGCAAAAAGCAAUUAUUGCUCUCGAUGAUACCUGCUCCGAAUGAUGUACCAGAUCAUACGGUUAAACAAAUUUUUUAUACAACUACAGGGUUUCACAGACUAAAUCGACAGGAAAAUGUUUCAUCAUCGAAGCAAAAUUUUUCAUACAACAAGAAUGCAUCAGACUCCAAGUCAUCGCUUCGCGAAGCUUUUCCUUUUCGAGGUUUCCCUGAGAGCGAAAUUUCUACGAUUUACAAUCAUACAAAAAAUGUAAACAAUUUGUGCAGAGCCACAGAAUAUGAUCUUCCUCGUUCAGAAACUCUCGAAAAUUCAGCAAAUGUUAAUGCAAAUUCUGCAACGUAUGUUAAACAGCAAGCCGACCCAUCGUUGAAUUGUCAAUUAAAUAAUAAUCGAAAUAAUUGGUUGAACAAACAUAGCAAGCAUCAGAUACCGUCUUGUCGGCAAUAUUUACUUAAUAAGAAAUAUAAUGUGCCUGCCAGAAUUAAUAGCGGGAGUGCAUCGUAUCUUCCUCAUUCAUCUCAAACAGUAAAUCAGAAUGCACGCUCUACGAAGAUCCAUAACAAUACCGAGAUAAAAGCGAAUUGCUUGCAAAAUAAAAUUUCUCAGCAAUUUAAUGACGUUGAAUACGAAUCUAAACAUUGCAAAGAUACUUGUGCGUUUGACAAAGACAAAAAAUCCGAUAUUUCGUAUAUGAUUAUCGAUAUUGGCCAAAACGCAACAAUUAAACAGACAGUUAGAAACAACACACAUAAAAUGGAUGUACAUUGGGACGAGGAUCAGAAUGUUGUUGUAGAUGCGGACGAUCUCUUGGCGCCAGCGCGCGAUAAACUUAAAAAGAGUAUAAGCAAUUUUUUGAAACGGGCGCAAGAAGGAGUUUCUAUUGAAUUGCCGGCCUUUCCACGCACCAGGUCGUAUCCACAGAUGGACUCCUCGAAUUCGAUACAUUUUACAUCGAAAGACCGGAAAUCUGGAAUGUCGCAUAAAAUUUUAGGAAAAGAUUUUACAUCUAGGGUCUCAAGUAGUGAUGAUAAUAGCUUACUUUUUAAGUAUCAAAAUACAGAUGUUAAUUUAGGAAAGAAUGAAAGAGCACAGGAUAAAGAGACGAAGCAAGGAGCAUUUACUUGUGUUAGCAAACUGCGGAAUACGAAAUAUACUUCUCAGAAAUCGAACGAGCCGAUUGAAUUGCAAGCUCAACGAGAUGAUUCAGAUUACAUUACGGAAAAGAAAGUGGCUACGGUCAAGUGCGAAGAACAUGAUACGGAAGAAUCGAUAUAUGGAUGCACAAUAACAGGAGCAAGAUCAAAUGAUGUAAAUUCAGAGGACAAUUUUCAAACUCACUCCAUAUUCCAAUUAGCUGCGCACAAGAAACGAUAUUACAACACAUUAUUGAAUGUUCAGAAAGCUAAAGUCGCAGUAACGAAUUCCUUAGCGUCUUCCUCGAAUUAUUUAACGGGCUACGAUCCGUAUUAUUCGAAUCACGCGUGUCAGCAGCAGAAACACCUGUUUCGCCAGCAAUGUCAUCUCGCAGCGGAGCCGCAGUUUUCAGCUUGUUCGACAACGCUAUCCGGAUUAUCGAAUGUACAUGAUAAUCAGUACAGUUGGACAAAAUCCGAUUGUAAAUAUCUAUUACUAAAGCAGUUGAAACUUGAACGGCAGAAUUUGCCCAUGUAUGUCCGAAAUCAAAAUGACUGGAUUCGUCGUUACAUCGGAUCUGCGCAUCCCUAUUCCUUCGUACCGAGCGGAAAUGAUCCAACGGGACACUGUGCACGCCAUAAAACAUUGGAAGACAUAGUUGGAAAAUUAAAGGAGACUGAACGCAGUAACGUUAAUAAUUAGUGUUCUUUCUUGCAUCGAUUCGAUGAGAAUCCAGUGAGCAAUUGGGCAGUUGUGAAGCUUCUACAGCUGUGACGUAUCGCGACGAAGGACUAAUUGAUGUAACAGCAAUGGUAAAGAUGUCAAAAUACUCACACAAAAUGAGUAUAUAUACACAAGUAUAUAGAUAUACAUAAGCUCGAUACGAAUCUAUUCAUUUCGUUAUAAAUAUUCUCACUUUGCAUUAACUUUGUUUUCGCAUCAAAAAUAAUGAUUACGUGCUAUUGUGUGGAAAGAUUAUCAUGUCUAACGAUUUGUAUAUACGUUUUGUUAUGUUGAGCAUUCCGAUUUCUUGUGAGAUGUGACUUGUAAAGUUCAAUAGAUCGCGCAACGGUUUUCAUAAUUUCGUUUGUAUUUCAUGGACGAUUGCGUGACAAUGGUAUUUUCAAUAGCAUAUAAUGCAAGAUAUAUAACGCUAUGCUUAGCUGUCGCCGAUCGAACCGUAUUUAAACGUAUUCACUAACAGAAAAUGUAUACUGUUCUGUUCGCGAGUAACAUUAUACAAAGUUCACUCUAAUGACUAGGUGGUUUGUGAUAUAUUAUUAAAUAGCACAUACGGUCACACAUGCACGCAUUCGCACAGUCAAUAGUGUAUAAUACUCGCUCGUUUAUUUAGACGUACAAAAGAUGACGUUUAAAAGAAUAUGUGAUAAUUUAAGUGUUACGUGACUCAUCAAUCAUUUAUUGUCCAGAUCAUUCGCUAUCGGUGCGACAAAUCACCAAGAUCGCUGGAUAUCUGCGUCGUACUUGGUAAUCUGUCUGUACUCAUCUACAUCCAUUCUCCGACUUCUUCUGUAGACAUUCAAACUUGCGCGAGAUUUCCUAACAAUUAAUGCGCCGCUUGAUGUUUAUUCUAAAUAUUGGCAGCAUCACAUUGUUCACUCAUAUGUAACUAAAUAUAUUAAUAGAACGAGACACGUUACGCGACAGUACAUUAUCCGAUUGCAUUCACAUAAAUAUAUUAAGACAACACCCAAAAUAUACCCAAACAAAACAAACACUUUUAUAUGCGACAACAUGUGACGCGUUACAUGAAUAUCUAUCAUCCGAUAUAAAUGAUUAAGCCAAUAUAUCCGAUAAAUAUUAAGCCAAUUAAAUCAUCCUACUCGAAGGAGAAUUAAAGCGAAUUGACAAGAGCUCAUCCUGCAAAAUUAAAUUUCUAUUUUGUCGCAGUUGCAAAAAACAAUUACAACACUCUCAAUUAAUUUAAAAUGUCCGUUUUACACGAGAACAUUUUCUGCCCAAUAAUUUUAACUUGCAAUUAGCUAGAUUUUUGGAUUUGUAUCAGGUCAGAUAUAGACUUGUCAUAUUGUAUAGGAUUGUCUUGCUAUCACUACAGGUCAUGUUGUUGAUGUCGAGUUUAAAAUGUAAAAAAAGUUUGCGCCUAUUAAUCGUAAUUGGAAUUUAUUGCUUAAAUAAUAAUUUAUUCAUACAAAUUCUAAGGAACAUCGCAAACAUACUGCUAUUUGUUAACUUUGUUAAUAACUUGAAGCAAACAGGUGUUGCGAAGAUUAAAGUCAAAUGACCGUUUGAUCUUUACUGUAGCAAUAAUAACGACUUUAAUUUAGACAGUUAGUCUCUUGUUCGAUGCUAUUAUUUAAUGACAAAUCAUGUUUUUUUUUGAGUCUUGAAAAAUUCAAACUUUAGCACUCGAAGUAUUUCGCAAACAACAAUAUGUAAAAUGUAAAAAUAAAAUGCUUGUAUGGUCGACAGAUUA